AUGUCUUGUAGAGCGCCUAAUCUUCUAGACUAUGAACAAUCAAUUAAACUUCCAUUAUUAAAAAAUUUGAAUAAUACGAAUGAUAAUGAUGUUAAAUUAAAUUUACAAUUACUUAAUAAAUAUUUCGAAGUACAAACACUUGAUGAAACACUUGUAAAUUCUCGAAAUGAAUUUCAAACACGUACAGAACAUUUACAAAAACGAAAGGAUGCUUUACAUGAAAAAGAAAUCAUGUUUAAACAACGAAUUCUUAGUUUCGCUAACAAACCCCCUCAUACUUUUCUCAAUGGUGAAUGUCUUAUUGGCGAAGAGACAAAUAAAAAUAAUAAAAUAUCAUUUAUGAAUAAUCGUAUACAUGAAUUACAGCAGAAUUAUACAGAAAUACAACAACGGAUUGAAAAAAUUCGGAUUGAAAUUUCAAAUUAUCAACAAAUAUCAACAGAACAUUUAACUGAAGUUGGUGCAAUUAAAAUAGCAAUUGAAUCUAUGUUUGAUUUAGUAAAACGAUAUAGUCAUCGUAGUAGAAAAAAAGAUCUAAAUCUUGAUGAAUGUUCGUUGAAUAAAUUGAAACAUAUUGAUAUGUUUCUUAGUGAUUUAAUCUAUUAUGUCGAUUAUAUGAAUAAUAAACAGAGUAAAAUUCUACAACAAGAAUAUUCAAAUAAUAUGAAACUUGAACAACGAAAUGUUUCACACCAGAUUACAGAUAGUAUUGAUGAUAAUAAUCGAUGGCGUGGUCCAUGUCAAAUAGAUCGAAGAGAAACAUUGAUAAAAACAAUUGAUAAACAUGAACAACAAACAUAUUUUUCAUACAAAAUUCGAGGUGAAGAUGAUAUGUUAUAUACAAUUCAAAUCAAUAAUAUUCAUAAAUCAGAUACUUGUCAUGCACAUAAAAGCUCAUCAUCAAUAUCGAUGAUAUCAAACAAUAAAGAGAAAAAGAGUAGUUCAUUUAAAAUACAAAAAAGUCUUGAUACCCAACCAAGAUCAUCAACAUCUCGAAGUACACAUACAACAUUAAAAUUAUUUCAUCAACAAUCUAAUCACGAAAAAAUGCCUUUUCCACUUCAGAAUUGA